GUACGGACGUACCCAGGUACAUACAAUUUGUUUCAUCACCUGUUACAUUGUGUAUAAAGCAUUCAACAUGUUCAAUUUGGACAAAUAAUUCUUCCUCUAUCGGUUUAAAUGGAUUACGUUGCAGUACACUAAAAAAUAAGUGAAAUACAAAUAAUGUGCGAGUAAGACCUUUCAAACAUAUGAACUGAGUAUUUUGCAAUUGAAAAGUGCUUUUGCAUAUGUCGCAUACUAUAGAUAAGUCUGAACUUUGAAUGGAUUUAAAUCCUGUUUUAGAAUUCAUACGUAAAUGAUUUUUUUGGAUUACUUUUACAAUUCUGAAACAGAUGUUUUCUGAAGAUGAGCACAUUACUGAUUAGGUCUUACAAGUAACGGAACAAUUCAUAUUGCAACAUGGAACGACAACAUUGGUGCUCAACUUGUCUUAUUCCUUUUGAGAAUAAGCACAGUUUAAGAGGUCAUCGUUAUAUCCAUGCAAAACAACCACGGGUUCCUUGUAGUAUAUGUCCGUUAACAUUUGCGCAUUAUAGUCAAUUAGGAAAACAUCUCAGAUAUAUGCAUUCAGAUUAUAUCAUCAACACGUUUGUUGAAAAUGCUGAGAGUAUUUAUAGAAAAAAUAUAACAGGCAUCACACCUUGGAUAGAAUCUGAUUCCGAAUGGGCAGACAGUUCCGAAGAAGAGACUAUAACGAGCAGUGAGGAAGAAGAUAUUUCGGAGGAUACAGAUUCUGAAAAUAUGGAAGAGACCGUUGAAAACAUUUCGAAUGAAACACAAUACAUCUUAGCAACAAAUGUGAAUGAUGUUUCUGACAAUAAAAAUCCUGUAGGCGAAUUCGAUUCGAAAGGAGUCAAUACUAAACAUAUGAAUAAUUUAGUUGGACAUACUAGAAAUGUAAAGAGUUGUGGUGUUUCAUUUCUUGUCGAAUUAGAAAGGAGAAAAGCAGGUAUACAUCAUUUGAAUAUCACAAGGAACAUUUCAAAUUCAAAAGAUAAUUCUAAACGACACAUAUUACAGCAGCAUAUGGAGUCGGAGUUCCUCAGUACAGAUUACAGAGUGUCUUUUCAACGUCCUCGUGAUGAAAACACAGACCCUGAUUUAAGGGAUGAAGAUCCACCUGGAAAGACUGUACUACAAACGGAACAAAAUACACAGCAAACCCCAUGGGCUGACUUGGAUAGAGAAGAGACAGAGCAAUUUGAUUAUAAGGAAGUGAUAGCUAUGAUAGGCCAAGAAGGGGUUAACGAUGAAGAAGAAUUAAUAAACAUAAAUGAAGAUCCGGAGCUCGCAGUUGCAGACGUGGUAUAUAAUCCGGGACAAUCAGUAUGGACAGAGGCUAUCGACAUACUAAAGGCCACUUUUAUGAAAAAAAAGAAAAUAGCUAGGGUAAGAGGAAUGUUUGCUUCAACAAAUACAGUUACGUUCACAAAGUGGUUACCUGCUAAUUUUCCUGUGGAAGGUGUUAUGUGUGGUUGUGGAAGACACCUUAAAACACCUAAAUCGCUUUUAGUUCAUUUACGAAGGAAAAGCUAUGCCGACCGCAAAAAUGUAAAGUUAUUCAAAAAGGGAAUAUAAUCAAAAUAAUAUUCAUGGUUUUGGAGGCGUUACAUAGUGCCAUGCAUAUCUUAUUCUGAAUACAUUAAUGACGACUGAACAUAAAUAGAAUAUCAAAGUGCAUUAUAUUAACAAUUCUUUAACGAGAUUUAUACCAC